AUGAAAAAGGAAAUAAAAUGUGUUAAAUUGGUACUUUGCAUUUUCCCUUUUUUGUGGCUAUAUGUUUGUUGUAUUAAAUUAAAUAAAAGAGAGUUUUAUAAUUACAUAAAUGUAUUAUUAGUGAAAAAUAAUGUUAAACCACGAUCUAAAAUAGUAAACAUAUGUUAUGGACGAAAGAAAAGUGAAAAGGAAAAUUAUGAUGAAUAUUUUAAAAAAUUAGAUAAAAUUUUUAAUGAAUGUGAAUAUGAUGAAGAACAGGUUGAAAAAGAAGAAAAAGAUAAUGAAGACAAAAUCGAUCUAGCUUAUGAACAAGAUUUACUUAACAUUAAUUUUUGUAAUUAUGAAAAUGAUCCAAGAAGUUUAUCAAAUCUUGUUAAAAAAAAAAGUAAAGAAGAAAUUGAAAGGGAAAGAUUACAAGAACAACUAAAUUCAAGUGAUAAUAAAGAAACAACAAAUAAUACAUUACCUUAUAGUUAUGACUAUGACCGUAUUUUUAAAAAUACAAAAUUUCUACAAGAAAGAAUUCAAUAUAAAGAUAAAUUUUCAUUAAAAGAUGAUAAAAAUAAACUAAUUGACACACUCAAUGUUAAUAUUAUGAAUGACAUAUUGAACAACCAUCAAAAUGAUUCGGACAUUCCUUUUUAUAAAGGAAAGAGAGAUAAAUAUUUUGGAAGAGAAGACUUAAAUCAAGAUGAUCAAUUGACUGAUGAAAAAGAAGAUGAAAAUGUAAAGGAGAAAUAUUUAGUAGACGAUUUAGAAAGCAUUAAUUUUUUGAGGAAGAUAAAAAGUGAUUUUCAUUUUGAAAGGGAUGAGUAUAUACAAGCUUCAGUAAAACAAAUAGAACAAAGUUAUGUUAAAGAAGAGAAUGAAGAUACAUAUCAAAAUAAAAAGGACAAAGACGAAGAAGAGGCUAGACAAUACAUUAGUAACCGAAUACAAAAUUAUGAAGAUAAAGAUGUUAUAAAUAAAAUCGUGUGUAAAAAAUUUGUGAGCAUGUUUAGUGUAGAUGAUGAAAUAAAAAAAAUAAAUGAAAAAAUAAAAACUAGUAAAAAUGUGAAUGAAAUUUUAGACAUAUUUUCAAAAGAAAAACGAUUAAAUAUAAUUAAUAUUAUGUACAUAUUUAUAUAUAUGUAUAGACAUAAAAAUGUAAAUAUGAACGAAUAUUUAUAUGAUAAAAGAUUAAAAUAUAUUACUGAUGGAUUUGAAGAAUUAUUAAAAUAUUAUUUAUAUAUUAUUAACAAUAAUGAUUGUAUAAAGCUUGAAAAAAAAACACUAAUAUUGAAUGAUGUAAAUAUAAUAAUGCUAAUAAAAUAUAUGAACCGUUUAAAAUUGUUUUAUAUAAAUUUAAAUAUAUAUAACGUGUUAUUCAUAAUACUUUCAAAAUCGUUACAAUUAUUUAGUCUUGAAUCAAUGAUAUCUUUAUUAGCCUACUUAAAUGAGUAUACAUAUUAUGAUAGUGAAGUACAUAGGAAAAUAAAUUUGACAAUUUUAAGAAACUUUUUUGAAAGAAUAAAAAAACAUUCUACUUCAAUUUCUGUUGGUAGAGAAAAUUCGAAAUCAAAUAAGAGUCAUCAAAAGUUGAUACGCUUUUCUUAUUUUAAAUUGCUAGUUCCUAUAUUGUUGAAAUAUAAAUAUGUAGACAAUAGUGGAAUGGGUUUAUUAUAUUCGAUGUUUGAAGAGGACAUAAAGAAUAUAAAAGAUAACGUGUUAACUGAUAAAAAUAUUAUAGAUCAAAAAGAAGAGUGUGAUAUAUUAUUUUAUAAUGCAAAAACAAAAGAUCAGAAAAAAAAUAAAGACAAUUAUUUAUCUUAUUUAAAAUAUGAACAUUUAAAUGAGAAAAAAAAAAAUUUACAUUUUUUAUCCCAAUUUUUACAUUAUAUAAUAAGUUCAAAAUUUUAUAGUAAUAGCAAUAGCAAGGAUAAACUAAUAACAGAUUUAGUAAACGUAUUUAUAAAUAAUUUUCAGAUUUUUCAUUUAAAUGAUAUAUUAAAUAUAUAUUUUAAUUUUCAUUUAUUUAAUAAGUUUGGAAAUCAUUUUGGUCUUCGGUGUAAACAAGAAAUAUUGCAUAGAAAAAGUGCAUUAAAGGAUUCUCAGAUUAAUCAAAUAUUGUCUUACAUAAUUUAUAAUUACAAAAAAUUAAAAGUUCUUAAAAAUUAUCAUAGACAUAUUUAUGUGAAUAAGAAGUAUACACUAUGUAGAAAUAAAAAUGAUACUAACCAAGUUAAUGUAGUUUCUUAUCCAGAAUUAAUUAAAAAAAGAAAAGAAAUAAAAAAUUUUAAAAAUAUGUAUAUAAUGUAUAAGAACCAUUUUGAAGAUUCUCAAUUUGUUUAUGAUUUUACUCAUGACAUUCAUAUGUUUGUUCCCUUUCAAAAUAUCAAUUUGUUAAGGUUUAUAUAUAAUAUGUAUAUAUUAAGUUUAUUAUUUUAUAAAAAUCCAGAUGUGAUUCGAAUUGUUUUAGAUAUUAUAUAUGAUAUGACAGAGACAAAUAUAUUUUCUUUCAUAGAUCAAUAUUCUUAUUAUAUGUAUGAAGAUAUAUAUAUUAUUAUUAAGUCUUUAAAAUAUAUUUCCUUUUUUAAUAUAAAUAUAAUUGAUAUAUGGAAAAAGUUUUUUUUUCUACUAAACCAUUUUAUCAAUUCAUUAAAUCUUGAGAAUAUAUAUGAUAUAUUUUUUUUUAUAAAUAUAUCAAAAUUAACAAAUUUAAAAUCAGAAAAUUAUGAUGUCGUUAAAUUAUUGACAGAUAGAAUGAAAGAAAUAAUUCAGCAUAUUUUUAAUUUAGAUAUACAAAAUAUAAACACACAUCCACAUACAUAUAUUUUAAAUGCAUUAAACUUAAUAACAGAUCAAAAAAACCCAGAUUUUAUAUCCUUUGUUAAUUUUUUCUUUUACUCUAUUUAUAAAAAAAUUGAAAAUAAUCAUAAAGAGGCUCAAGAAAUGGCACAAAGCCAAGUAACCAAUAGCAACACAAACGGUUGCAACCAUUUAGAUGAGAUUUACAAAAGCAUAAAUAAUUAUGUUUACAAUUUUAGGGAUAUACGAAUUUUUAUAAAAUAUUUUUUAUUACAUUAUAAAGAAAGUCAAACAGAUUUUAAUCUCUCUAUUGUUGAUUUUAUAUUAUGGAAUUCAGAAAUAUUUUUUGAAAAUAUGAAUAAAAAUAAAAAUUAUUAUCACACUAAUUAUAUAUUUGGAAAACAAAUAAAUGAGUAUAUAUCCUAUUUGCAUAUUCUCAUAAAAAAAAAAUUAUAUAAUUCUAUAAGCAUGAAAAGGUAUAUUAAGAUUGUUAAAAAUAUAUUAUAUAUACAAGAAUAUCAUAAUGAUAAUUCCGGCAUAACAAAUGGAAGUCUAUAUAAACAAUUUAUUUCAAACUACUCAGAAAUAAAUGACAUUAAUAUUUGGAAAUUUCUACGAAAGAAUUUUUACCUUGAUCCAUAA